CUGAGUAUUUGCCUGGGUUCGACAUCUGGUCACACUGUUUGUAAAUGUUUCAAGUUUCCCACUAAACGCAAGCGAAAAAGUUUUCGCAGUUCCAUUUCGCAAAAAGGAGAUCCCUGAAGAAGAACCCACGACUGAAUCGACAAGAUAUGCAAAUAUGGACUUCCACAUACUGAUCGUCAUCGGUUGUGUGUUCAGCGCUUCGCUGCUCUCCUUCCUGUUCAUCAACAAGAUCUUCCGACGCAAGACUUUCGAGGAGGUGGUGGCCGAGAAGCGCGCCUUGAGCGCCAAUCUCUACAAGGCGGCCAGCGGAGGAGCGGCGUCCAAAAAGCCAAAGAAGAAGGAACUGAAGCGCGAAAAGAAGCAACGGCAGCGGGAACAGCAACGGGAUGUGAAUAACGAACAGCCGGAGGUGGACGAACCUGAGGAUUAUUCCGAUGGUCAGUCGGAGGAGGGGCAGGGAUCGGUGGCUGAUGAUGAGCAGCCCGGUCUGUCCAAGCAACACGUUGAGUUUGAGCCCGAUCCAGAGAUCCUCAAUGAACAGCAGCAACGUCGCCCUAGCAGCGUGGCCGAAAAGGAGAAUCAACCAAAUACAACUGCGGCUGGCAAAAAAGGCAAAAAGGAUAAGCGCAACGGCGGCAACCACAGCAAGGCGGCUGGCGGCAUCCUGGUGAACAAGAACGAAGUCCAGGCAGUCAAGGCGGUACCAAGCAACGCCGAUGAGACGACGCCCACUCUCAACAACUUCGAAGCUAAGGCACCCAAGGAUGUGGUGGAACUGAAAAAGCAGGAGCAAAAGGAGCGCAAGGAGGACAACAACAACAAGCAACAGGCUCAAAAGAAGAACGGUGAAAAGGUGGCUAAAAAGGAAAAACCAACAUUAGCUGCCGAUCCAGAGCCUGCCAUUGUGACCAAGCAGAUCCUUAAGCAGCAGAAUGGUUCCCCCAAGACUCAGCACAACCAGGCCAACAACAAGACCAAACAGCAGCAGCAGCACAACAACAACAAGCAGAAGCAGAAGGAAACGGCCCUCACCGCCAAGGAUUUGGCUGUGGCCUUGGACAAACUGGCUGAGCACCAAAACCAGACCAUUGGCGUCAACGCUUUAAUGAAUGUCUUCUCCCGAGCCGAGCUCAAUCGCUCGGAGAUUCAGAUUCUGAUCGAUUACCUCCUGAACAAGCAGCAGGAUAUGCCCGCUUCCCAUGCCGAGUGGUCGGAUGACAUUUGCCAGAAGCUCAAGCGUCAGCUGGAGGAAAAGGAGAAGCUGCUGGCCGAGGAGCAGGAGGCUUCCAUUGGCAUCCAGGCUAAGUUGCGCGAGUUGCGUCAGGAGGUCAAUACUGAGCGCGCUCAAAUGCAUGCCCGCAUUCAGGCCUACAAUGAGAAACUCCAGAGCAAGGAUCAGGAGCUGUCCAGUCUAAAUGAUAAGCUAACACUCGAACGACAACAGCUCCAGAAUCUUUUGAGGGAGAGUCAGGCCAACUCGCAGGACUUGCUGCAGUUGCAGCGCCUGCAACAGGACUUGGCUCACAAGGAGAAGUGCCUGGCUGACAUGACCGCGUUUGUUAGCGCUGAGACGCAGCAGAAGAACGAGGUUAUCCAGCAGCAGGCUCAGCAGCUGGCAGCCUUGGAGCAGCAGCGCGACGAGCUGGAAGCGCGCCAGAAUAACAGCAUUUUUGAGCUAGAGCAGCGCAAGCAGCUCGAGGCAGAAAAUGCAGACCUGAAACAGGAACUGCGUACUGUCACACAGGCGCAGUCUGAGCUGCAGCGCGUUCACUCAUCCGAACUGCAGGAGCUGCGCCAGAAAACUUCCGCCUUGGAGGCCAGUAAUCAAACUCUGACACAACAGCUGACUCAAGCUGCCAGCACCGCCGUUCAAGCGUCGGCCGCCCAGUCGGAAAAGGCCCAAGUUCAGUCCGAAGCCUUGGCCCAAAAGCAACAGGAGUUAAGUGCACUGCGCCUACAGGUUGGCACUUUGACAGAUGCACAGGCUCAGCAACAGAAACAGGCAAAUGCUCUGCAAUCCCAGCUUCAGGAGGCACAGCAGCGGGCGGAGCAGCUGCAGGCCAAGGAGAAGCAACUGCAGAAGGAGCUUCAAGAGCAGCGGGAGAAGAAUAACGACGUGCGUAUGAAAAAUUGGAAGUUGAUCGAAGCGUUGCAAAAUGCCGAAGCAUCAACAGCUAAGGCAAUGGCCAAGACGAAACCAAAUACAGCGCAAUCCGUGGGCCAACAACACAAAGAGUUGCAACAGCAGCAGCUGCAGCAACAAAAGACAGUGGCCGCCAAUGGAGGAGGAAGCGCCAGCUCGGCGAAGAGCGAGCAGGAGCGUAUUCGGGGACUCUACCAGCGUCUAUAUCCCGAGGCGGUGAAAGCGCAAGCAGGGACCGCCCUGCAGGCAUCCUUCGACCAGUGGUUGGAACAGGUUCUAACCACCCACGUCAAGCAACAACAGGAGAAGCUGCGGCAGAAGCUCGAGCUGGAGAAGCCAGAGAAGCAGCCCAGCAACAGCAGUAGUCAUAAGUCAACACAAUCAAACAGCAGCAGCAGUAGCAGUAGCAACCACAAUAGCAGCACCCACAACAAUAUUAGUAGCAAUAAUAGUAGUUCGAAUAGCCAAUCCUCCUCCGCCGCCGCCGUCGCCGAACAGCAGAAACUGCACAAACAGAACCUGCAGCUGCGCGAAUGUAACGACAAGCUCACCCAGCUGGUCACAAAGACGACCAACACGCUGAUGGUCCUGGAGGAGCGCGCCCGCGAACAGGACGAACAUUGGCGUGGCAUUGUUGACCAGAAGGAGCAGAUUAUUGUUAAGCUGCAGCAACAUGCCUCAAACGGAGAGCAGGACAUUUAAUGUCGUGGACAAGGACAGGAAGAAGGAGCCCAAAACAACGACGAUAAACUGACAAGCAAGAGUUUGUCCAAACUUCCAUAACAACAGCAACAACAAUUCUAACAAUCUAUUAAGUUUAAAGUUGAAGGCAAGGAGGAAAGUGGAGUAAAUUUAGAGCAUGCCCCCAGCAACAGCAACAUUUAACAUUUUUAAUAUUAGCGAAGGCCAACAACCCAUUAGGAUGAACGAGGAACUAAGGAAUGCUUAAGAAAUUAUAUAUGUAUACACAACUAAGGCAAGAUAAUGAAUGGAAUGUCAGUCGAAACUUGUGCAAUGUUAAAAGGAGAGAAGAGGAAUAGGAGAAGGAAGAGAAGCGAAGGAAAUGCCAGACUCUGAACGCAGAAGCAGGCAGUUUCCACCUAAGCCCAAGCCCUCCCAACAAAAACCUACCAGAAAAACAGUAACAAGAAAUCCAUUGCUGCUGCUAGUAUCUUAUUAUUAUGAUUAUUUGUCCCACACACUUUGCAUGCGAUUAUUAUUUGUGUUAUACUUGCAUUUAGAGAAGCGCGCGCUAUUAUCAAUUGUAUAUGUAUGUAUCCUAUGUUAAGCAAAUGAAUUUAAAACCCACAGCUACUUAAAAUCCAUAAAAACAAAGAAUAUAAACUAGUAUGUAUGUUUGUGUAUAUGUACUUGUAUUUGACGAA